CGCGCCGACGGCGGCCGAGUGCGAGCGGGGAGCGCGAGCGGGGAGCGGCGGCCAGAGAGCGGCGAGGCGCCUGCGCGGUGUCCGGGCCCCUGAGCCCGCGGCGCUGAGCCAGCCGGGACGGACAUGCGCGGGAGGGCGCCGUGGGGCAGCGGCGGCUCCGCGGGGGGACCUCGAGCUGCUGGUUGGUGACAGAUCCCUAGGCGUCCCCAGUGAGAGACCUCCAGAGUAAGGCACAAUGUCCACAGCAGGAGUUGCUGCCCAGGAGAUUCGAGUCCCAUUGAAAACCGGAUUCCUGCACGAUGGCCAAGCCUUAAGGACCGUGAGGGCCUGCUGGGGCGGCCGCAGCGAGUUUGAAAAUCACUUUUUGAACAUCGACCCGAUAACCAUGGCCUACAGCCUCAACUCUUCGGCCCAGGAGCACCUCACAUCUCUUGGGCGCGCUGCGACGUCCGCGCCAAGGAGCGGCAGCCACUUUGCAGAGCACGGCCCCUCCCAGAAGCCCAGCUUGGCCCCUCUUAUCAUUCCCCCGGGCGAGCACCCGGGACCGCGGGAAGAGGAGCGAGUCGCGUGUGGUUUUAGGAAACUCUCGGUGAACGGCGUGUGUGCUUCUCCCCCUCCGCUCACACCCAUAAAGAGCCCCCCUUCCCCCUUCCCCUGCACGGCCCUCUGUGAACGCGGUUCCCGGCCCCUCCCGCCACUGCCCAUCUCCGAAGACCUCUCUCUGGACGAGACAGACUGCGAGGUCGAGUUCCUAACCAGCUCGGACACGGACUUCCUCUUGGAAGACUGUACGCUUUCUGGCUUCAAAUAUGAUGUUCCUGGCAGGCGAAGCUUCCGUGGGUGUGGACAGAUCAACUACGCGUAUUUUGAUACCCCAGCUGUCUCCGCGGCAGAUCUCAGCCAGGCGCGUGAGCAGAAUGGAGGUGUGCAAAAUUCAAAUCCUCCUCUGCCUCAGACCCACCGGAGAUUAAGAAGGUCUCAUUCGGGACCAGCUGGAUCCUUCAACAAGCCGGCCAUCAGGAUAUCCAGCUACAUCCACAGAGCUUCUCCGAACUCCGACGAAGACAAACCCGAGGUGCCCCCCAGGGUCCCCAUUCCUCCUCGGCCCGUGAAGCCAGAUUACAGAAGGUGGUCGGCGGAAGUCACUUCCAGCACCUACAGCGACGAAGACCGGCCUCCCAAGGUACCACCGAGAGAACCGUUAUCACGGAGUAACUCCCGCACGCCAAGCCCCAAAAGCCUUCCGUCUUACCUCAAUGGGGUCAUGCCCCCCACGCAGAGCUUUGCCCCUGACCCCAAGUACGUGAGCAGCAAAGCUCUGCAGAGACAGAACAGCGAAGGGUCUGCCAGUAAGGCUCCCUGCAUCCUGCCCGUCAUCGAAAAUGGGAAGAAGGUGAGCUCGACACACUAUUACCUACUACCUGAGAGACCGCCGUACCUGGACAAGUUUGAAAAGUUUUUCCGGGAAGCAGAGGAAACAAACUCAAGCACCCACACCCAGCCGCUGUCUGCUGACCGCGGUACAGCCUCGGCCGCAGAAAAGCUGGACUCCAAGACAAGACUGGACCUGGGGGGCCACGUGAGGCGUAAACACUCGUCCUACGUGGUUUCUCCUUAGGCUUCGGCGUCGCGGGUCAGCGGGGGUUCCGUGGGAGCGAGUGGCUCCCCAGCCGCCCUCCAGGCCGGUUGAGGUUCGCAGGAAGAGGUCUCGGAUUGCAGAACAGAACAGCUGAACCCUCCGUCUUAGAAAGGGUAGGGGUGGUCGCGGGGCGAUCUCGGGCCGAGAAUCCCCGAUCGUGCCGGCGUUGGAGAAAAGUCUGUUCCGGUCCGUAAUUUAAAAGUGGGCGGGCAGGCAGGGAAGGCUGGGGAACCUUGGACAUGUGCAUACAUUAUAGGCCUGUGUAGAAACUCGUGCUGUAACCAUAGACCGUAGCUGCAGGGUAACCAAUUAGUUGCUACCUUAGAGUAAUAUAUAUUCAAGAUGGUAAAAGCUGAGGGGGCAACUCCUGACUGAAAAUUGAGCGAAUGGAAGAAAACACAGUAUUGUUUAGAUCAGAAUCA